CAGAAACUCUGGCCAACAGUUCGUAGUCGAAACAAUGAACACUUCGGCGGUAAUUCUUACAGCAGCCCUCCUAACCUGCUGCUACUGCAUGGGCCCAAUGCCAACUUUUAUCAUCAGAUGCAAUAUACAACUUCCAAGUUUUAAUAACUGUUUAUCGAAUGCCAUUCAACACGCGAUCAUCCAGAUGGUAGUACCCAUACCCGACUACGAUCUACCAGUUAUCGACCCUUUCAAAGUACCGAGUCCAGCCGUAUACGGAGAUGCAAGGACUGGUCUUCGACAAAACUACACCAACAUGGAAAUUUUCGGAUUGACGAAUAUCAACUCAACCAGCGCUACAUUCAAUCCUGCGUCGGGAGUUUUGUCCAUAAACAUUACCUACAAUGCGGUGCUUUUCACGUUUGAUUAUGGAAUAUAUGGCAGAUUUAUCACCAUUCCAAUGAACACGAUAAGCCGAAAUAGUUCUAUUCUAUUAGUUAACCCGACUUUCGAACUAACAUUCAACCUGCAAGAAGUUCCAAGAAAUGGCACCGUCUAUUUUAGAGCGGUCAACAGUACGUUGUAUAUGGUACCUCAACAAACCAUAUUUAAUUAUACGAAAGUAUUUGAUGAUCAGUGGCAGAACGAUGCUCUGAAUGCCAAAAUUAACCAAAACGGAAACGACGCGCUUAACUACCUGCUAGAACUAUUUCCACAUUUCUACACACAAUAUUUUAUAGUGUGGUUCAAUAAUAUUUUGCGAAGAGUACCGGCGCAGAACUUUUUCGAUUAACGAGGAAUAAAGAAUUUUGUAUGACAA